CCCUGCGCUCCGCGCACACCCGGAAGCAGCCUAGUCCAGUGGAGCAGGGCGGGCGUGGGAAUCCGGGCUGGGCCCAGGCCGCCAGGAGGCAAGAUGGCAAGUGGGCCAAAUGGGCUCGAGGAGUGGGUGGGCAGCGCAUACCUGUUUGUGGAGUCCUCGCUGGAUAAAGUGGUCCUGUCCGAUGCCUACGCUCACCCCCAGCAGAAGGUGGCGGUGUACAGGGCUCUGCGGACUGCACUGGCAGAGAGUGUUGGGAGUCCGGAGGUGCUGCAGAUGCUCAAGAUCCACCGCAGUGAACCGCAGCUGAUUGUGCAGGUGCGUUUCUGCGGACGCCAGCCCUGCAGCCGCUUCCUGCGAGCUUACCGCGAGGGGGCGCUGCGCGCCGCGCUGCAAGGGUGCUUGGCAGCAGCACUCGCCCAGCAUUCGGUGCCGUUGGAACUGGAGCUGCGCGCUGGCGUGGAGCGACUGGAUACCUUGCUGACGGAUGAAGAGCGCUGUUUGAGUUGCAUCUUCGCCCAGAAGCCUGACCGGCUCCGGGACGACGAGCUCUCUGAGUUAGAGGAUGCGCUCCGGAAUCUGACAUGCGGCUCGGGGGGCCAGGGUAGCGACGUGGAGGUCGCUCCGGUGCCCUCACAGUCCCUGGAUGCCUCUCUCUCAGACGAGAAGCCGCCGCCGCCGCCGCCAUCUGGCCAGACUUUUCUGUUCCAGGGUCAGCCCAUAGUGAACCGGCCGCUGAGCCUGCAGGACCAACAGACGUUCGCGCGCUCAGUAGGCCUCAAGUGGCGCAAAGUGGGGCGCUCCUUGCAGCGAGGCUGUCGUGCGCUGCGGGACCCGGCGCUCGACUCACUGGCCUAUGAGUACGAGCGCGACGGGCUGUAUGAGCAGGCCUUCCAGCUGCUGCGGCGCUUCGUGCAGGCCGAGGGUCGCCGCGCCACGCUGCAGCGCCUGGUAGAGGCACUAGAGGAGAACGAGCUCACCAGCCUGGCAGAGGACUUGCUGGGCCUGGCGAAUCCCGAUGGCGGCCUGGCCUAGGCUGGGUACCAGAGAAAGGGACGAUCGGCCAGUUGUCCAGCCCAGGUUUGGAGCACUUGGAUGACCCUAGAGUCCCUUCUGCUGCUACUGCUGAGCUCUGUCCAUCCAUGGGACUCUGAGACCACACUUAUAACCCCACUUAGCCGAACUGUUGGAGCUGCUGGGCAGUGUUGAUUGCCUUCUUCAAGAGUUGGGCAAGCACCCACCAUGCCUACUGGGGUGCCACUGGGGAUUUGGCUCCAGAUACUAUGACAGAGACAGAGUGCAUGGGUGACCUGCUGCAGCAGUCUGCCCACCCCAAAUGAAGGGCUUCUGGCCAGCCCUUACCUCUUCACUCACUGAACAGGUAACUGCUCAUUAAGCACUUGCUGUGUCCUAGUUAUCAUCCUGGUGCUGUAAAUACUGUGGUGAACAAGAUACAUGAAACUGCCUGCCCCCAGUUCAUACUCAGUGUCAGACUGCAGAUAUUAAGCAACUGUAAUAAAAGAUCACCUGUU